AUCGUUUGACUCGGUAUUCUGACCGUCUUGUUUUACAUGUAGGUAUAGCUAAAUUAUUCCUUGCUGUAAUUUAUUUUGAUAUCAAUCACAUAGCGCGUUUACAGAAAUAGAUCAGAUCGAUAGAACUCCAAGUCACGACGUACAUUGGCGCAAUGAUGUGCGCAGGCGCACACUGCAAGCGCAGCCAAAUGACCGUGAGGCUGUUGUAGCAUCCAGCUAACUAUAUGAUCAAGGCUUAAAGAAACAGCAGUAUGUCUCUGUCGGGUUUUAUACGUUUUCUCCGGCAUUCAUUGCAGCGACUGGAGUAUAGCUUGAAGCAAGGUGCUGCGUUUGACAGGAGUUUGGGCCCAGCCCUGGCAACGCAUGGUCCCAGCCUUCUCCCUACACUGCAAGGCAUCAGGGAUCAUGACAGCAAUGUGCCCAGUUUCCUGGACAGCAUAUUUUGGAUGGCAGCACCCAAAAAGAGACGCACCAUUGAGGUCAAUCGCUGCAGGAGACGGAACCCAAACAAACUAAUAAAAGUCAAGAUGAACAUUGAGCCUUGUCUUGAAUGUGGUAACCUGAAGCAGAAGCAUGUUCUGUGUGGAUUCUGCUACAAUAAAGUCCAGAUCGAGACGGCCAAGAUACGAAGGCAGAUCCAGAGCAUGGAGGGCGGUCCUCACCGUGCCCCAUCAGUGGAGACUGUGGUCCUGUAUGAGAACGAAGCUCCUGGUGAUACUGACAAGGACAAACGAAUUGUAGAGUGUGCCAGGAAACGUCCCUCUUGGUUUAACCUGUGAUCUACCAUAAGCUGGAACUCUGCAAGAAAAUACACCCUGUUUUGUAUAAUAAAGUAUUAAAUCUAUCAA